AUGGACGCCUCUGCGCCUGUUGUCGACGCUCUCUGUGCGGGCGAGCAGCAACCUGAAAGCACCGCUAACGGUGGCGACGAAACGCCGACAAAUGCCAAGGUGAGCGUUCGGGAUCGGGGUGAAGUCACGGCUGAAAACAUUGAGGCUACCGUUGACGACGUUCAACUCGAGCAACAGCAUGACGACCGUCAGUCAACAAGUCCCGUGCACUCGUCAUCUGAGGACUCUUCUUGUUCGGACGAAUCUUCGACUGACGAAGAAGAUAUCAGUCCCGAUGAUCUCCUCCGACCCUCGCUAUUCAUUGACAGUGUUGGCUACGACCGCGACAUCAAUGUUUCUGGUACUCUUCGAAAGCUUUACCCCGCGUCACUGCGGCGCACUCUUCCUGAGACUGUCGAGUCCGAUACCAUCUAUUACAUGACCCGCAAGUUCGUGCGUCACUUCACGACCUUGCACGUGGAACGCGAGUGCGACGCCCACGGCGUCUACGUUUGUGUCGCCUGCAGUUCGGCCCAGCGCACGCUCGCUCAAAUUCGGGAAGCUAUCGGCAGGGAUGGAGAGGGCCGUAGUAUAGCACUCAAAAACGCCAAUUUCAUGAAACUCCUGGUUCACCUGUGCAACCUUGAAUCGCCGGACGCGACUCGCAUUUGCACCAUCAGCUCUCGAGAGAUGCGCGCAUUCUACGAGUCGGCAGCGUCCUGCAAGAUCGUAGGCACCGCGUCUUUGCUGGAGGACGAGCAGAGCGAAAAGUUGUGGAAACGCUUCUUCGGCGCCGCUGCCAGCACUAUCAAGAAGAUUACCUACACCGUCAAACUCCGGCGAAAUCGUCGUACCGAUCGCGCCGGAUACGAUGGCGUCGACGAUUUUCUGGAAACGGCGACGAAGCGCGGUAAGCAGGCGCUUGACUCGAACGCUGACCCUCCCACUGAGGCCGACUCGCUGAUUAUAGCGGAUUGCCUGGAUGCCCGACACAUGAUUGUGUACGAGAGCUUGAAGGCCAAGGAAGACGCCGCCGCCAUAGACGUUUUAAUGGCCCAGUGCAGCCAGCAGUUGCCAAAUCGCAAACCCCGACGAGAACCUCCCAACGUUGGCGACAUCGUUGGUCUUGUGCUGUCAAGCGAAUGUGUCCAAAGGGUGCUCGUUGUCAAAGUGAUCGAGGACGUUGCCUCUGUAUGGUCCAUCGACCACGGGCACUUCCACAACGUUAGCUGGAAAGACUUGAUCAACGUCGCGCCCUCGCUGAGGAGCAUGCCGCCGACUGUCGCCCUCGCCGUCCUCCAGGAUGUGGAAGCCGUGCCUUUCCUGAAGCUCUUGCGAGAGUGCGUGAAGGUGCUCCGAGUGGCGACUAAUCACGGCACACAUGAGGAAACCUUUCACGCACUCGUAGUGACAAAAGUGGCGGCGUUCGGAAUAGCCGACGUCCUAUCCGACCUCUUCAGCUUCCCCGACCACGUCACGAGGAUGACCGCUGCAGAGUGCCUGAUCAAAAUUUGCCGCCGGCACAAUGGCCGACAGGCCGUCGCCAAGGCUGCCUGCGUCCCAAAGGCCCUCUUACGUCUUGAUGACCUUACACGCAGUCAUUUCCUGGUCGGUGACGACCACAGCAUCGCCAUGGUGACGAAAGAAAUGCGAGCCUUGCUAAACCUCCUAGAGUCCAUGUUCUUUCGCAACGAGCGGCUGCGUCUGGAACUCGCCAAGACGGAGCUGCUCGCGGUGAUCGUAAGGGUCCACCAAUGCCUGCCUCCGACUUGCACCGUUCUCCGGGACGUUAAGCGUUGCCUCCGCGCCAUCUUGGGUGCCCCACAAGGGUACAGUAGUCCACAGUGGCAGCACCAGAGCCAGCACCAGCAGCAACAACGACAGACUGAGUACUGCAACAGCCAGCAGUAUAAUGGUGGUUCUCGUCAGAACCAAGAGGCACGCUCUGGAGCGUACCGUCGACCCCAGUGCGUGCAUGAUAGAGAGGCUGCGCCCCCGGCUCAAGUCAAGCUAGUGGCCAUCACCCCCGAGAAGCUGAAGGAAAUGGCUGCUCUGAGCUGCUAUCCAACGAGCGAGGCCCUGCAGUCGGCGAAAGCGGCGGAAGCUGCAAGUCGUCCUCUGCCGACCGAGAUUCCCAAGCCGAUGGCCAAUGUGCCGCCUUCUUCAGCAUGCACAGGUGGUGCAGCAGCCCCCACGGCGCCUUGUGGUCGUUUCUACAUCCGCAGCACUUUGGUGUCCCUUCGUUCGGACGAGACGCACGAGCUUCGACCUCUGGGUAGCAUGAAGCAGGCGUCGGCGCGCACCCUGGCAAACCUGGUUUGCUCGUUCCUGAACACGUGGAAGCCGUGCUCUAUCUACUACGGCAUCAGCCUGGAUGGUUUUGUGCGCGGCGUCAUGUUGAACCACGAGGAACGGGACGCCCUGCGACGCGGCAUCGACUUCAUGGUGGGCAACCUGCGACCGCACCUGACCUCCACGAGCAUCGGCGUCGAGUUCGUGCCGGUGUUGCGCCACGCGGCGGACAAGCCGGAAGAGGCGCAUCACUACGUGGUCGAAGUGUGGGUACGCGGUGUGCACCCUGUCACGUACACGACUUCGGACGGAGAGUGCUACCUUCGAGAGGGUGACAUGUCCUACAGGGCUGGCUCGGACGACGUUCGUGCUUGGAUCGUGCGUGUUCAGGAGGAGCACUACCUGCAGGAGAGGAACAGAUCCACUCUGAAGGAAGGCGAAUCGCCGGCUGCGGGAGAUGCGCCCUCGUCCCUGGGAUGACGUGGUGGCUUAAACAGCGGCCAGCGCUCAUGUGGUUUAUGUAGCUUUAUUUUAGACGAUCUCGUCUAAGUCGAUGACCGUGUGUUGUACCUAUGCAGCUAAGGUGGUCUUUUGUGCUUUUGUUUGAUGUUUAUUUUGUCAAGUGUAUGCCGUUAUAAGAUUGGUGUGUAAUAAAGACAAAGUUCAAGA